AUGGCAUCGAUUAUCACUUCCAUCAAAGAUCUCAUUACUUCUGUUUUCGAGGUAAUAUUCUCAGUGGCCAAGAGCGCGCUGCACACGGUGUAUCAGUUCUUCGUCGCUGUCGUUGACUUGUUCGCUGGCAUCCCUAAGAUGUUGCAGCACUUGGUGAAGGGCACUGUGGAAGCUACAGGUGGGGUUGGGGCAUUUCUUGCCAGUAACAUCGUCGUUAUAAGUUUGAUUGCGCUUGGCAGUUAUGGUUAUCUGGUGUAUUUGAGGCGUGAUAGGCGUCCAGUUCAGGUGGGAAAUAAAAAGCUACAGUAG